CAAAUGUGGAAAUAUAUAAAACUACCCAAGUAUCUCGAGUUCAAUUUACCCCAUACCCACUUUUUGUAAUACAUUUACCCCAUGACCAUUCACAUUUUAAAAUAUUAAAAUGUACACUGCGGAUACUUGGCUGUAACUUUAUGCGUACUUUUGUGUGUGUGUGUCAGAAUUGGAAGUUGUGUAAUUUGACCAAAUUGAAUGAAGUAUGAGAUGGGUAGGUAAGCUUGUUUUAUUAUGUCUUGACCCCAUUUUUUUCACGCAUUUUCUCUGCGCCAGCUUCUCUCUUCACGCAUAAUUCUUCUCUGCGCAACAUUGAAAAAUUUGAACUCUCUGCGGCGCCGAAGAAAAUGGAAGCACCGGUAGAGGAGCCUCUUGCUCUGUUGAGACCGACUACUGUCAAUGUAACAUCGGAUGUGGGCACUUAUUACAAAAUCAAGUAUUUAGAAAAGGUUAAUAAGGUUUUAAAGCAUAAAGGUGGUCAAGAAUUAUUAGAUAGAUUUUUAAAUGGUUGCUUUGGAUAUUUUUUGGGUUGGAAUCCUGGUCCCAAAUGUGCAAUGGCUGUGCAUCACGUAGUUUCUCGUCAAAUUAAGUCAGAUAUGGAUGGUCUAUAUUUUUUGUUGAAUAAUACUAGGGUGCAUUUUUCUAGGAGGGAUUAUGCUUUGGUGACUGGUCUUAAAUUCGGUGAUUGUAAUUUUGAUAUGUCACGUACUCAUGAUUUGCGUGAAGUAGAAGUAUUUACGAGAUUUAGUGGUGGUCAGACGCAUGUGAAAUUUUCUUUUAUCGUUGAUCUGUUUGAAAAUUAUAAUAUUGAUGAUGAGGAUGGUAGUUUAUACUUGAGGAUUGCCUACAUUAUAGUCCUAUAUGGAAUGCUGGUAGGUUACGAGACCGAUAAAACAAUUGAAAAUUGGGUUUGGGCGUUAGUGGAUGAUCUUGAUGCAUUUAACCAAUUUCCUUGGGGGAGUAUACUUAUAAUGUGUUGUGUCAUUACACUACAAAGUGCAUGCCCAAAAAAUAUUAUAAAUUCUAUGGACCUGUUUGGGCGUUGCACGUGUGGUCGCUUGAGAUCAUGCCCGACUUUGGUAAUGUGGUUGGCAAGUGUGUUGCUGAGUUUGCUCACCCUCGAUGUUUGAAGUGGAAGUUUCGGAGUAGACCGGCUAUGAAGGAUGAUUUACAGUCCUUUUUCGAGAAAGAGGAGCAAGAGAGAUUGGAGUUGGUCCCAGAUGAAUUUGAAGUCACCACUAUGUACUACUUGUCUACCGUUGGAAUUUAUAUGGGGGCACAGUAUAACGAAGGCCAGAAUCAGGAUUUUCAGGACAUCCCUAUCCAAGGUGAAGAGCCAGAACAAGAAUAUGAAGUGCCAUUGCAUGACACCAUUGUACAGGAGGAAGAAGUGUCUCUGCAUGAUAUACCUAUUCAUGCGCAUGAUUUGCCCGCGACAGGGAUGGAUAGACGCGCGCGGAGUUCAUCCUCCCGCGGAGAGGGUUCUCGUGGACGAGCUAGGGAAAAGCGUGUUAGGCCACCUACUACAUCUUCAUCCUCUAGUAGCGGCGAUCAUAGUAACCGACCUGUAGACCGUGCCUAUCUAGAUGCCACUGUGAGGAGGAUGGAAGAGGCACAUGAAGCGAGAUUGAAGCGGCACAGCGAAUCUAUAGAGGCACGGGUGAAGAGGACUUUGAAGGAGUUUUUAGUGGAUCUGAAGGGAUUUUUAAGUUGUAAGAGUGUUCAAGCUAGGGAUGUACAUUCCCCUGCUCCUCGACCUGCUCCUCGACCUACACCGGCAUCCGAGACAAGACAUUUUGAUGAUAUACGAGACGAGGGUGCCGAGGAAGGCGAUGCUAUACGAGACGAGGGUGCCGAGGAAAGCGAUGUUCCUCGUGAUGAUAAUGUGACACAAUCGCCAUAUGUUCCACAGUUUACUCAGUUUGAGUGUGGGAGCACAUCUUUUUUGGGCACUGAUGCCGAGAUCCCUCGUUUCUCCAACCCAAUUGAUCAAAUGAGAGCAUGUCUUGAUUACAUGGGAGAGGAGAUGGUUAGUUUUGGAGAGCCCUCCCAACGCAUUGAGGCGCCGGUAUUGCCCCGUAGAAGUACACGUCAGAGAUUCCCAUCUCAACAGUUGGAGUCCCCGUAUGCUGCAUCUGGAGAACCCAGACUACUUUCAACAAAGGAGUUGGAUAACUUCAGGUCCUUCCUUAAUGGAGACGAUUCUGGGGCAACCGUGCUGGAAAGUAACCAUAAGCUAUCGAAGAAUUGGUUCAAGAGCAUACUGAAGCCCGAUGUUUCUCUUCAUCAGGACGUUUUGGAGUUGUUCAUAUUGAGCUUGCAAUCCAAGUUGAUGCAUCGGGUUUCUCUUCUCCCAUUUGUUAAACCCGAUAACACGAUGAUAUCCUCUUUUGAUUUAUAUCGAGUUUGUGAGCAAUAUUGGGGUCGUUGCUUCUUUAGUACAAGGUUGAACCAUGCUAUUCCUGGUUCAUACGAAUCAUUUCAUGAUUGGGUUGUCCCACAAUCCAUCAUAUCCAUGAUUCAAGGAGUGAACGGUUCAUCAACGGCUCAAAAUUGGUUUGGUGCCACUCAGAUUGUUGUUCCAUGUCGGAUUAAAGCACAUUACGUGGUUGUUAGAAUAUGCCCGGGACCUUGGGAGGCCGAGUUACACGAUCCACUAUUUUAUGGUAUGGAUGACACAAGAAAGAACGAGCGUGUAGCCGAAAUCCAAAGUUUGUUGAGCUUGUUUGGAAAGAUUUUGGAGGAUGCUGGGUAUUGGACGUCAAAUGUGUAUGGAUGGGAAAGGAAGACUCAUCCAUUGACAUUGUAUAUCCCUGGACCGGACGAGCAGUUCAGUCAAAAGGAUACUGUUUCGUCUGGGGCUUUUGCUUGCAUGGUGAUGGAGCGCGUACUUUCCGAUUCUCCUAGUAUUACUUGGGGCAACACCCGAGUGAAAAAAUACAGGGAGAUUAUUGCUGCAAGCGCUUUUAGUAUGUGUGUUACUGAUUAGAUCUAGUAUCCGUCUUGUUAAUUUUAUUAUGAAGACUUUGAGAACUAAAGUGCUACAUGGAGCAACUGAAAUCGUAUGUUUAUUUGUUGUA